UAAUAUGAUAAAUUUUAACCCAAACCUAAACUUUCUGUAAAAAAUUUCCACAGAGAAACAGGGGAAAAAGGAACAUGAUUCCCAUUAAUUUAGGCUUCCCAUUCCUCCAGCUCAAUCCCAUUUAAGAUGCACUCAAUUUAGCACCACCAAAAACUCUUUUAUUUGGGGGUGUGUGUGGUUCCAUAAGAAAUCGUUUUUCAUUUAUGAUUUGCACCAAAUUAAAUUAAAAUUAUACCCAAUACAAAUACCGCAAGGAAAAAAGAAAGAAUCAAUACCCAUUCCAUUUCACUUACUUUUUUGGGGUUUUCGCUUUUCUUUUUCACUAUCAUCAGUUCAGCAAAUCAGUCCCCCCCCCCCCCCCAAAAAAAAAAACCCACUUCUACAAACAUGAAAUCUGGUUAUGGGGUCACUCUUUUUCUCUUGUUUCUCUUCUUUUCAGCUUUUUUCUUCAAUUACAAUGAAGCUACAAGCAUGGCCCAAGUAAAUGGGUCUUCAGAAAUGUUCCCAUUGGUGGAAGAGAAGAUGAUGUUGUUCAAUGAAAGCAGAAGAAAGUUGGGGAGUUUCCAGAUAUGUGCUGUUUGUACAUGCUGUGGUGGAGCUAAAGGUGCUUGCUUACCUUCUCCUUGUUGCUAUGCUAUCAAUUGCAACAUUCCAAACAGACCCUUUGGUUUCUGUUCUUUCACUCCCAAAACCUGUAAUUGCUUUGGAUGCCAUCUCUAGUUUAAACCUUUGUUUUAUCUAUAUUUCUUACUCUCUUUUUUCUUUUCUUUUUUUAAUUUAGGAGUUAAAAUAAUAAAAAAAAUAUUGAUUCUGAUGCAAGUUUGAAAGUGGAGAAAGAGAAUAUCUGUUUUCUUUCAUUUGUUUGUUUAUAAGUUCCAUAGGGAGUUUUCUCAGUUAAGGUUUUUUGGCAAUUUUGUCUAUAAUUUUUGUUCUUUUCAAGGUAGUAACAUUGCCUGGCAUAUGAUAUGGAUAAUUUAGGAAACAUUGCCCUUGUUUAUGAAGCUAAUGGGUGUUAUAAUAAGGUUUCUUUUCUUUUUUUAUUUAAA